GCCGCGACCGGCCGAGAAUGAUCUCAACAUGACAAAGCCGGGAGAUCGUCGACCUUAUUCACAUCGGAAUAGAGCUAUCCCUAGCUUUAUUCCACUUACCCCUGGAUAAAGUAGUCAUUCAUACGUACACUAAGCUCAUCCAUUAUGACCAUCGCUCUACUCAUCACCGGAGCUACGGGCAAUCAAGGCGGCGCGGUCAUCAACGCCCUGCUCGCCCAGGAUGCCGAUGUCGAGAUCCUCGCCGUGACGCGCAACCCGCAGUCAGGAACCUCGCAGAAGCUUGCCGAGAAGUCCCCCAAGAUCAAACUGGUCCAGGGCGACCUUGACCACCCGGCACAGAUCUUCGAAAAUGCAAAGAAACUUACUACCUUGCCUAUCUCUGGGGUCUUCAGUGUCCAGGUUAUUCCCCAUUCACCUCUACUUAGUACCUUGCAGAGGGUAAUAUGAAGCAGACCCCCAUGGCGAAAGGCCAAAGUGUCACCAAGGAAGAACAGCAAGGCAAGGCUUUGAUCGACGAGUCCAUAAAGCAAGAAGUCAAGCAUUUUGUCUACAGCUCCGUCGAUCGUGGCGGUGACGCCUCCACUGACAACCCAACCAACAUUCCCCACUUUAUCAGCAAGCAUCGAAUCGAGCAUCAUCUCUUCGAGAAAACCAAGGACGGGGCCAUGGAUUGGACUGUUCUUCGACCGGUGUUCUUUUUCGAUAAUCUGGUCCCCGGCUUCGUGGGCAAGGUGAGCGCCACAGCCCUGGAUGCCUACCUGCAGGGCAAACCGUUGCAGGGCAUCGCUGUCAGCGAUAUCGGGGUGUUUGCGGCCAAGGCCUUUCUGGAGCCGCAGCGAUAUAGGAACCAGUGCCUGUCUCUAGCCGGGGAUGACAUAACGUAUGAGCAUAUGCAGAAAACGUUCAAGGCGAAGACGGGGAAGAAUAUGCCAACCACAUAUCGGGUAGUCUGUUACUUGCUGAUGUGGAUGGUCGGGGACUUACGGAUCAUGUUCAACUGGUUCUAUGAGCAUGGAUAUGGGGCGGAUAUCCAAGGGCUGAGGAAGAUGCAUCCUGGAUUGAAGAAUUUCGAGGCGUGGUUGGAGGAGGAUAGUGAGUGGGUGACCAAAUGAAUGGGAAGAGACUGUCCAUGGUGGUGGCUGUGAAAAGUUUCAGAUUGGUCGCACGGGUACGUGUAAAGGACCACCAGCUGAGGUGGUGGUACUCCGUUUUCUCUGCCGUGUGGUGGCAUGAUUCUCUGUAUUGAUACCGAAGGUUCAACGAGGGUUGUA